UACCCGCCACGCCGAGGGACCGAGGUACGCUCCUCUGCCCCAGGAAAGGCCUGCGAGGGGCUGUGGCCCCCCGUAAAACUCCUGUUGAGGGGCAGAGCCCCGGAAAGCUUGAUGUCCAGAGGAAGACUGAGAGAAACGCGGCUCCACAGGGACAGGGACCUGCCACACACGCAAACCCGCGGGAGCAGAAGACGAUCCACACAUGUUAGGAGGCGAAGGAGAAGCCGGAGGCGGCAGAACAAGAUGCUGAGGCGGCCAGGGGAAGGGCCCAGGGCCAGGCAGGCGUGACCGCGGUCAGGACCCUGGAGGGCGCCCGAGAACGGCAGCACAGAAGGACAGACAGAGACCAUGACAGAGGGACAGCCAGCCAUGACGAAGGCGACGGCUGCAGAGGCAGCGAGGACAGUGACCCAGACACAGAGAUGGCGACAGGGCCACGGGGGCUGAGGAGACCUGAGACAAGACCCCCCUUCACGGGGAGUCUGGUCAGAGAGACCGGGGAGCUUGAGAAAGAAGAGAGCUAGACCAAGAGGAUAGUGACAGAGACGGAGAGCAAUGUCAGGGAGGGGGUGGGGAUAGUGACAGGGACAAAGACCAAGGGACAGUGAUGGAGAGGGAAGAGAUAAGGGGGACAGUGGCCGAUGGAGAGGUGACAAUCAUAGAGACAGGGAAAACACACUCAGAAGCCAGUGACAAAGAUAGAGAGGACAGUGAUAGAGAGAGAGAGAAGACAAAGAUAACAUAAGUAAUAUAGGGAAAAGUGACAAAAAUAGAGAAGGUGCCAGAGACCAAGUUGGAGGCAACAGUGACAGAGGCAGACAACUGCAGGCAGAGAGGGCAAAGAUAAAGAUAAUGUUAGAGGUACAGAAAGCAAUAUUAGAUAAGGAGUGCACCCCCAAUCACAGAGGGGACAGACAGAGAAAACGGAAAGUGGCAAGGUGAGAGAGGGAACGGAGGUAGAGGGGACAGAAAUAGAGCUAGAAGAUUCAAAGGGCGCUAGAGGCACCCAUGGUGGAAAUAGAGGUGGGAGCAGAGCCGGGGGCAGAGAUGGAGGAUUCAGAGUGGAAGGAUACCUGGGGAAGGAGUCAGAGACAGAAGAGACAGAUCCUGAGGGAACAGCAACAGUGCACAGACUCAGAGCAAAGAGCCACAGUGGUGACAGUACCAGAGUGUGAGUGACAAAGCACACUCAGUGACACUAUGACAGAUGAAGCAACAGGCAGAAAGGAUGGUGACAGAAGGGACAGUGAUGAAGGCAGUGGAGACAGAGUAUAGAGACAUAAAAGGUAUAGAGACAAGAAAGAGGAGUGGGGCAGAGAUAAGGAUUAGUGACCAAGACAGAGGGUGGCCUAGCAGACAUCCUGAAGAUAGAGCUAGGGAGUAGGGGUGCAGGCAGAGUCUGAAAAAAUUGAAAUUGCAUCUUGCAGAGGACGAUAGAGAUGGAAGGAGAACAUGACCAAGGCAAAACAGAGACAGGGACAGAAAGAGACCAAGUUAUGGAGAUGAACAGAGAGACAAGAGCAAAGAAAGAGAACAUGAGGGGUCAGUCACCUGAGAUUCCAUGAGAGGUCAGGAUGACAGGCAAAAGCAAAAAUCGGGGAAAAGUGAACAAAAUACUUGAAAGGGACACAUCAACCUGUGGAGACCAACUGAGACUCACGACCCAGCCUCUGCCUCAUCCUGGGAAGUACUGGAAACCAUGGAGCCUUGAGCUUUCUUCCUUUAAGCCACUUUGCCCCCCGGCGCCCACGCGGAGCAUGAACAUUGAGGAUGGCGUGCGCCCGCAGCUCCCCGUGCCCCCCACUGCCGCCCGGUAGGAUGUCCUGGCCCCAUGGGGCCCUGCUCUUCCUCUGGCUCUUCUCCCCACCCCUGGGAGCCGGCGGGGGCGGCGUGGCCAUGACGUUGGCAGCCGGAGGGGGCUCCCCGCCGGCCACCUCCUGUCCUGCGGCCUGCUCCUGUAGCAACCAGGCCAGCCGAGUGAUCUGCACGCGGAGAGAGCUGGCUGAGGUCCCAGCCAGCAUCCCUGUCAACACGCGGUACCUGAACCUGCAGGAGAAUGGCAUCCAGGUGAUCCGGACAGACACGUUCAAGCACCUGCGACACCUGGAGAUCCUGCAGCUGAGCAAGAACCUGGUGCGCAAGAUCGAGGUUGGCGCCUUCAACGGGCUGCCCAGCCUCAACACGCUAGAGCUGUUUGACAACCGGCUCACGACAGUGCCCACGCAGGCCUUUGAGUACCUGUCCAAGCUGCGGGAGCUCUGGCUACGCAACAACCCCAUCGAGAGCAUCCCCUCAUACGCCUUCAACCGCGUGCCCUCGCUGCGGCGCCUCGACCUGGGCGAGCUCAAACGGCUGGAGUACAUCUCGGAGGCGGCCUUCGAGGGCCUGGUCAACCUGCGCUACCUCAACCUGGGCAUGUGCAACCUCAAGGACAUCCCUAACCUGACAGCCCUGGUGCGCCUGGAGGAGCUGGAGCUGUCAGGCAACCGGCUGGACCUGAUCCGCCCGGGCUCCUUCCAGGGCCUCACCAGCCUGCGCAAGCUGUGGCUCAUGCACGCCCAGGUGGCCACCAUUGAGCGCAAUGCCUUCGACGACCUCAAGUCGCUGGAGGAGCUCAACCUGUCCCACAACAACCUGAUGUCGCUGCCCCACGACCUCUUCACGCCCCUGCACCGCCUGGAGCGCGUCCACCUCAAUCACAACCCCUGGCACUGCAACUGCGACGUGCUCUGGCUGAGCUGGUGGCUCAAGGAGACAGUGCCCAGCAAUACAACGUGCUGUGCCCGCUGCCACGCACCAGCCGGCCUCAAGGGCCGCUACAUCGGGGAGCUGGACCAGUCGCACUUCACCUGCUAUGCGCCGGUCAUCGUGGAGCCGCCCACGGACCUGAAUGUCACAGAGGGCAUGGCCGCGGAGCUCAAGUGUCGCACGGGCACCUCCAUGACCUCCGUCAACUGGCUGACGCCCAAUGGCACCCUCAUGACCCACGGCUCCUACCGUGUGCGCAUCUCAGUCCUACACGAUGGCACACUCAACUUCACCAAUGUCACGGUGCAGGACACGGGCCAGUACACGUGCAUGGUGACGAACUCCGCAGGCAACACCACCGCCUCGGCCACGCUCAACGUGUCAGCCGUGGACCCCGUGGCGGCUGGCGGCGGUGGCCCUGGAGGCGGCAGCGGUGGCCCAGGGGGCAGCGGGGGCAGCCCGGGAGGCGGUGGGGGCGGCGGCUACACCUACUUUACCACCGUCACCGUGGAGACCCUGGAGACACAGCCCGGAGAGGAGACCCUGCAGCCGCGGGGGACGGAGAAGGAGCCACCCGGGCCCACCACGGACGGCGUCUGGGGCGGGGGCCGGCCAGGGGACGCCGCAGGCCCUGCCUCGUCGUCCACCACGGCGCCCGCCCCACGCUCCUCGCGGCCCACGGAGAAGGCGUUCACGGUGCCCAUCACGGACGUGACGGAGAACGCCCUCAAGGACCUGGACGACGUCAUGAAGACCACCAAGAUCAUCAUCGGCUGCUUCGUGGCCAUCACGUUCAUGGCUGCCGUGAUGCUCGUGGCCUUCUACAAGCUGCGCAAGCAGCACCAGCUCCACAAGCACCACGGGCCCACGCGCACCGUGGAGAUCAUCAACGUGGAGGACGAGCUGCCUGCCGCCUCGGCUGUGUCUGUGGCCGCCGCCGCUGCAGUGGCCGGUGGGGGGGGCGUGGGCGGGGACAGUCACCUGGCCCUGCCCGCCCUGGAGCGCGACCACCUCAACCACCACCACUACGUGGCGGCCGCCUUCAAGGCGCACUACAGCGGCAACCCCAGCGGCGGGGGCUGCGGGGGCAAGGGCCCCCCGGGGCUCAACUCCAUCCACGAACCUCUGCUCUUCAAGAGUGGCUCCAAGGAGAAUGUGCAAGAGACGCAGAUCUGAAGCCGCCGGGCGGGGUGGGGGGUAGGGGGCGCGCCCCCGGGGACCCGGGCCCCCCUGGGACCCUCCCCACAGCCCUGGCCCCGCCCUCGGACCGCGCGGGGCAGGUGGGGGCCGGAGGGGCCGCAGCCCCGCUUGCGUAUGGACCCCAGGGCGGCGCACCCCCGCGAGGACAGGGCGGGGCUCCGGGACGCGAGCCUCCGCGGUUCGGCCGCCCCCGCCCCCAUCCCAGGCGCAGGGAGGGGGAUGCCGGAUUCAGGAGAAGUGGCUGGAACCCUCCGCUUUUCCUCCUCGCGCUCUCAAACGACCCUUCCCGGCCCUCCGCCUUCCGGGGGAGAGAGGAGCUUUUUGGGGGGUGUCCUUUCCCCUCAUCCCCAACAACCCUCCUUUUACGGUUCAUUUUUUGCAGUUUGACGCCUGUCCCCCUCCCGCCCCUCCGCCCUCGAAACUGAAGAGACAGACGCGUGGUCAGAGCCUCCAGACCCCCUGCCCCUCCCCUCCUUCCACCCCUGGCUCUCACCUGCCCCACAGACUCUUUUGAUACUGAAGGGAGGUUUGCGUCAACGACUACCUGCUCUGUAAUUACUUUAAAAAAAAAACACGGAAAAAGUAAAAAAAAAAAUAUUUUUUUGGGUCAUGAAA